AUGAGAUCUCUAGAAAUAAUAGCAGCAUUCGCGACACUUUGCAGCAGCCACCUAGCGUUUGGUUUUUCGGUCCAGCAAGUGUUUGACAACAGCAAAGACUUUAAGAGGCCACACGCGGUCAAGGCUGAUACAUAUAAUUUGAACAAGAGAGACACGGCUCCAGCGUUUGGGUCUUUACAAGAUGAGUGGUCUGCCGAUGUUGUGGGUGUGCAGGCAUUGCGAUUUGAGAAGUCUACGGCUAUAGCCGAAAUCUGCAAAAAAGAUGUUCACAACAUUGAGACAGCCGGACAAUUACACCAGCUGCUCCAAAGCUGUAGAUCCAUUUCUGGAACCGUUCAAAUAACCGACUUUAUGGAUCCUGUCAUUGAUCUCGGCGGUUUGCAAAGCAUCAACGGUGAUUUUAUAAUUGAAAAUCUGCCUGAUGUUGUGAGAAUCCAAGGUCAUAAUCUUGCUAGUAUUGGAGGAACUUUUAAGGUUGAUAGUUUGACGUCCUUGACAAGUAUUUACUUUCCAGUUUUGCACCAUUUCGAUGCCAUCGAAUGGAAAGUCGUGCCAACUUUGACUUCGUUGAGUUUGGCUCCAAACAUCAGUCAUGCCAAGCGCAUAACUAUUUCGGACACUUCACUGGUUGGCAUUGAUGUCCUAGAAAACGUCGAAGACCUCGAAAUCUUCAACAUCAACAACAACAGAUACUUGGAGUAUGUGAAAGCUAGCUUAAAGCAAGUUCAUGAACAAUUGAGCAUCUCUUCAAAUUCCAGGGAUCUUCAGAUCGACUUCCCUUCGUUGCUUUGGGCAAACAAUCUUACCGUUAGAGAUGUUGCAUCGGUUACUUUCCCAAGCUUGCAAUACGUUAAUCAGUCUCUGGAGGUGAUUGAAAACAGGUUUGACUCAUUUGAAGCUCCCUUACUCAAGACCGUGGGCGGUACGUUAGGUGUUAUCCAAAACUCAAGAUUGGUUCAUGUUGACUUCACUAAUGUGACCACCAUUCAAGGCGGUCUGAUGAUUGCAAACAAUUCCAACAUCGAAAAGAUUGACUUUCUACCGGAGUUGCGUGAGAUUGGAGGUGCCAUUCAAUUCAUUGGGUCAUUCCACGAAACGGAGCUUCCAAAACUGAGGUUAGUUAGGGGCAGUGCUAUGGUGAAGAGUACCUCAAGUGUCUUGGACUGCAGCAAGUGGAUCACUCCUGCAAACGGGAACUCCAUUAUCAGAGGAGGCAGAAUUGUGUGCACCUCUGGGCAAACGAGAAACACAGCCCGGGUAAGUGAGGAUGGUAAGCUUUUGGAUCACCAGGAGACGCAAUUUGACAUUAAGCCUGAUUCUACUACUGAAAAAUCGAGUCAGGGUUCGUCGAUCGUUGAUAAAUCUAAAUUGUCAACUUUCGGUUGGUCUCUGGCAUUCGGGUGGAUUGUAGCACUCAUCUGUCUUGCAACUACCCAGUAA